AUGGCCAACCCACAGGGUCUGCAGGGAAAACUGAUAGCAGAAGAGGCAGGAAUGAAUUUCACGCACUGUGGGGGAGGCGUGACCUGCUGGCUGAACCAGCCCUGCACUGUCCCAGCAGACACCUUGGCACUAACACCGAGCACGAGGAGCAGGGCGCCACUGGCCCCCAACCACAUACAGGAGGUGUGCCUGCACCAGGUGGAGUCCAUCAGCGACCUACACAGUGGAGGUUUGCUGUGCCCCUACCUGACUGAGGAGGUGCAGCCAUGGGACGAGCUGCUGGGCAUCUUGCCACCGUCGCUGUGUGACCAGGCUGGCUGCAGCCCUGUGCACAGCAGGGGAGGCUUCCUGCUGCUCGCAUUGCUGGUGUUCACCUGCCUGGCACUUGCCAUCCUGGCUGUCUACUUGAGCGUGCUGCAGAGUGAAUCCCUCCGCAUGCUGGCGCACACACUGCGCACACAGGAGGAGACGCUGCUCAGACUCCGGCUUGCCAGCCUCAGCCAGCUGCGGAGGCUCAACUCCAGUGAGGCCCAAGCACCCAGCUGAGAUACCACUUGGACCUGGGGCUUGGGUGUGUGUGUGGGUGGGGAAUAAAGUCGCCAUUGGCAGGUUUCUCCUGACCCAUUGUCCCACCCUACUUCCCCGGUGAGGUUUUUGUACAAGAGUCUAACCUGACCCCACAGCUACCUGCCUCUCCUGUCUUCAAGCCAGGCCUAGCCAAGUUUUCUGGUGCCAAGGUCCUGCUUUGGGUGGCCCAAGGUCAGAGGAAGGGAUACCAGCCUCCUGGCUCCUUCUGUGGCCUGUCAGCAGCCUCUGGCUUCCAGAUAGGUUCAGAGUCUAGAAAUAGCUGCCCCCCACCCCCAGCUGCCCAAACCUUGCCAGGCCUCCCAGCGGGGGUCCAGCCUCAGUGCUCAAGCAGGCAGAGCUGAGUAUGGGGAGGAGGGCCACCUGAGGAGCUGGUCUUGGAGGUCAAAGGUGAGAUGGAGAUGGGGGAGACCCAGUGUGGUGGUGAAUG